GCAGCUCGGUGCAGCGGAGAGGAGGAGAACCGGGAGGAGAGGAGCAGCUGUUUGUGGGUUAAACCUCGGUUAGACCCGCUGUAGAGGACCAGAGGACCAUCUAGAGGACUAGAGGACCAGAGGACCAACUAGAGGACUAGAGGACCAGAGGACCAACUAGAGGACUAGAGGACCAGAUAGAGGACUAGAGGACUAGAGGACUAGAAGACUAGAGGACUCUCCUCUCCUCUGAUGGUUGGACCGGCUGGUGGUUGUUCCAGAGCCGUGCAGAGCCUCUGAGGGUCCGUUGCUGCUCUCACCUGUCCAGGUAGACCUGCGGGUCUGAAUGAUGUAGCCCCCCCCCACCCCCCUCCUGCAUCAGAUCCUCUACCCCCCCCCCCCCACCAUGCCGGCCGGCAUGAAGCCGCUGGAGAAGUUCCUGAAGAAGCAGACCACCGCUCUGAGCCGGGCUGGGGGGGGGCCAGGGGCCCGCAGGAGAGCCAGUCUGUCCCGGGUCGUCCCGUUCUUCAGAGAGACCUCACCUGAGAGCGGCCAGACCCGGGAGGUGUUCAGCCCCGACAGCGAGGACCCCCCCUCCUGGCCCUCGGCCACGGGGCCCGGUCUGGUCACGGCGCCCAGCAGCGCCAACGGCUCCGGGUCCGGUUCUGGAGGAGGAGACGUCCGCAGUCCGUCUCUGUCCAGUGACGAGCAGAGCUCUGAGGCCAGCCUCAUCACCGACCCCGGAGGAGGAGGAGGAGGAGGAGGAGGAGGAGGAGGAGGAGGAGGGACGCCUCUUCCUCCCGACACGCCGGACAACCUGACCCUCGCUCUGCUGGACAGCGCGGCGGGAAGACGCUCCGGUCUCUGCACAGAAACGCUGCUGGAUGACUUCAUGCUGACGCAUCCCAUCUUCCUCACGGCCGACAGGUUCCAGCAGGUCCUGCUGCAGCAAUUCAGCCUGACGGAAGAGAAGGAGGGAGAGGGGGGAGGGAGGGAGGCGGAGGGAGUGAUGGAGGGAGCAGAGAGGAAGCAGGCGGUGCUGAACGUGGCCUUUCGAUAUCUGGACACCUACAAAGAGCUGCUGCAGGAGGAGGGAGAACGCAGCAACAGCUUCCCCAAGGAGCUGUACCUGUGUGCGGUUCAGGAGUUGAGUCGGUAUCCUGAGCUGGUGGAGGACGUCCUCAAACUGCAGAGAUGGACUGAGAUCCUACACUGCCCGUCUGAUGAGGAGAAGGAGAGCAGGAAGAAGCAGGUCCGUCCUCUGUUCAGACACUUCAGACGCAUCGACGCCUGUCUGCAGCCCAGAGAGGCCUUCAGGGGCUCUGACGAGAUCUUCUGCCGGGUCUACACUCCGGAUCAUUCCUACGUCACCAUCAGGAGCCGUCUGUCCUGUCGGGUCGGAGAGAUUCUGGCUCUGGUCCGAGAGAAACUCCAGUACAGCGAAGACCAACCGGUUCUGCCUGGAAACCUCAUCCUGGUGGCCGUCACGUCAGCCGGAGAGAAGGCCGUGUUCCGUCCCAGUGAUGAGGCCGUCUUCACCACGCUGGGAGUCAACACUCACCUGUUCACCUGUGAAGCCGCCGAGCUCGACUCACUGCUUCCUCUUCCUGAGGAGAUCCACUGGACGCCUGGCGACAGCAAGCUGCACGACAUGUCAGCAGAGGAGGUAGCCAAUCAGCUGGUGGCGUUCGACUGGGAGCUCUUCAGCUGCGUGCAUGAGGUGGAGUUUGUGUGUUACGUGUUCCACGGAGAGCAGUCCCGCUGGCGCCCGCUGAACCUGGAGCUGGUUCUGCAGCGCUGCAGCGAGGUGCAGCACUGGGUCGCCACGGAGAUCCUGCAGUGCCAGUCUCUGCCCAAGAGGGUCCAGCUGCUCCGCAAGUUCAUCAAGAUCUCAGCGCUCUGUAAGCAGCAGCAGGACCUGCUGUCCUUCCUCGCCGUGGUUCUGGGUUUAGACAACCCGGCUGUCAGCAGACUACGACUCACCUGGGAGGGUCUCCCGGGGAAGUUCAGGAAGCAGUUCCAGCAGUUUGAGAGCGUCGCGGACCCCUCCAGGAACCACAAGUCCUACAGAGACCUGAUCACCAGCCUGAGACCUCCGCUGAUCCCCUUCACUCCUCUGCUGCUCAAAGACUUGACGUUUCUUCAUGAGAGCUGUAAAACGUUUCACGGUGAACUCGUCAACUUUGAGAAGAUGCAUAAAGUGGCUGACAUGGUGAGGAUCAUCAGACGUUACCGGAGCAGCCAGCUAGCCAUGGAUACGGAGACGUCCCCGUCCCACCUGCAGACGAAGGCCUACGUCCGGCAGCUCCAGGUGAUCGACAACCAGAACCUGCUGUUUGACAUGUCCUGCAAACUGGAGCCCAAAGACACAUAGAGGGACGGACAGGAGGGUAAGAAAGACACAGAAGGAGACGGGAAGAGGAGGAGGAGGAAGAGGAGGAGGAAGCUUCAAUAGCAGAAAGGAUAAAGACAAGAUGGAGGACAUUCAGGUAGAAAGACACAGAACUGAAAACGUCCGUCCUCUUCAACAUCUUCAGCUACCUGAAACUGAAAUCUAUUCUUGUCCUCCUUCAUCCACCACGUCUUCUAGUCUGAAUGUCCUCCUCUCCUGCUCCUCCUCCUCCUCCUCUUCUCCUCCUCUCCGUGGACGGACGUUGGUGUUCAGAGACAGAUUGUCUUCAUUCUGUGGCAGCCAUUUUGUACCUGAAACCUGAUGGAAGUCGUCCAGAUGAAACUGAACUGCAACGUCCCGUCACGUCCAAAAUAAAAGACAAACAUCAGACAAGAAGAAGAAGAAGACAUGAUUCGUCGUUGGACAAACCGAGUCCCAACAGCCUCAAUGGGUCUCGUGUCUUCAAAAAGUCUUACCACGUUAACGUCUCUUAGGACAAACCACCACGUUAACGUCUCUUAGGACAAACCACCACGUUAACGUCUCUGAAGACAAACCACCACGUUAACGUCUCUUAGGACAAACCACCACGUUAACGUCUCUGAAGACAAACCACCACAUUAAUGUCUCUGAAGACAAACCACCACGUUAACGUCUCCGAAGACAAACCACCACGUUAACGUCUCUUAGGACAAACCACCACGUUAACGUCUCUGAAGACAAACCACCACGUUAACGUCUCUGAAGACAAACCACCACGUUAACGUCUCUUAGGACAAACCACCACGUUAACGUCUCUGAAGACAAACCACCACGUUAACGUCUCCGAAGACAAACCACCAUAUUAACGUCUCUGAAGACAAACCACCACGUUAACGUCUCCGAAGACAAACCACCACGUUAACGUCUCUUAGGACAAACCACCACGUUAACGUCUCUGAAGACAAACCACCACGUUAACGUCUCUGAAGACAAACCACCACGUUAACGUCUCUGAAGACAAACCACCACGUUAACGUCUCUGAAGACAAACCACCACGUUAACGUCUCUGAGGACAAACCACCACGUUAACGUCUCUGAAGACAAACCACCACGUUAACGUCUCUGAAGACAAACCACCACGUUAACGUCUCUGAAGACAAACCACCACGUUAACGUCUCUGAGGACAAACCACCACGUUAACGUCUCUGAGGACAAACCACCACGUUAACGUCUCUGAAGACAAACCACCACGUUAACGUCUCUGAAGACAAACCACCACGUUAACGUCUCUUAGGACAAACCACCACGUUAACGUCUCUUAGGACAAACCACCACGUUAACGCCUCUGAAGACAAACUA